AUGUGGCGGGUGCGUUCCGGCAACAGCGUCUUCGCGUCGCUCACGCCCCGCUCCGCCUGUCAUCGCUCGCCAGGUGCCAAAUCCGUCUCCCCAGCGAGGCAAUUGCGACGGCAGCGAUUAGACUUCCGACUGUCAAAGCAGCUGGCCGCUUUCAGCUCUGAGCCAAUUGGCCGGAGCAAUCGUGUUCAAGAUGAAGUGGAGGAAGCCAAAGCGUCAUUAAUACCGAGGUUCAGCCAGGGUGACGAGGCUAUGAAGAUCACGCGCGUCGGUAUGUAUGUGAACGUGGCCAUGGCGGCGACCAAGGGCGCUGUGGGGUUGGCGAUCCAUUCCAGCGCAUUGAUCGCCGAUGCGGCGCACUCACUGUCCGACUUGCUGUCGGAUGUGGUGACGCUCUGGAGUGUCAAGGUCGCGAGACUUCCGCCUGACCCGAAGCAUCCAUAUGGAUAUGGCAAGUACGAGGCAGUUGGGUCGCUCUCGGUUGGGGCCAUCCUGGUAUUGUGUGGACUUGGUAUCGGCGCCGAUGGGUUUCAGGCACUGCAGGAGAUUUUGAAUGGCGCUGGUGCUACGAGUUUACCAGAGUUCAACUUGCCAUUCCUAUCAGAGAUUGAUCGAAGCACUCAGUGGGCAUUUGCAGCGGGAGCUGCCGGCGUCUCUAUCGCAGCGAAGGAAGCUUUAUACCACGCAACGGUGAAGAUCGGUAAGCAGGCAAAUAGCAAGGUGCUCAUCGCAAAUGCGUGGCACCAUCGCACGGAUGCAAUAUCCUCCGUUGUGGCACUUGGUGGUAUUGUUGGCUCGAUGGCAGGGGUGCCUCUUCUUGAUCCAGUCGCUGGUAUGGCUGUGGCUGCGAUGAUCGUGAAGACUGGAGGUGAAAUCUGCCUAGACAGUGUUCAAGAGCUAACCGACAACACCGUCGAGGCGGAGGUACUCGAAACGCUCGAAGAAGUGUCUGGCAGUGUGGAUGAUGUACUGCACGUAUCACAAGUUCGCGCUCGUCGAAUGGGACCGUAUACACUAGUGGACCUGCGUGUUCACCUCCAUGCCCGGACGAGUAUUUCGAUGGCUCAGCAGAUUUCGGAGCGAGUACGAUCACAUAUCUUGCAGGAGGUCCCCGACGUGUCCGAGGUUCUGGUGCACAUUGACGUCCAAUUUGACCAAUUCAGCUGCUCUGCGUUCAGUGAAGGAGAAGUGAACAAGAAGAACUUCCGCCCGUACAGAGAGAUCAAGAACGAUAUCAGCUACGCGCUCGCCACCAUCCCGGAGAUCACUGGAACGACGCACAUCAACACACACUGGUUGCCCCAUCUAGGCGGCAGACACACGGCCGUCGACGUUGCCAUCGUUGUUCAGCCGGAUCUGAAGGUUGGCGCAGCUCACGGCGUUGCGAAGAAAGCCAGGAAAGCCAUCGAAGCGAUCCCGUACAUCGUCGAGGCCGACAUCCAUCUUGAGCUGCAGGACGAGGACGGCGAGCAAGGGUAA